UUUCCAACUUGUUUUUAGUCAUAUUUCGUACUUUAAAGAGUAAACACAUUUAUUUUUGAACUUAAGUAUCUGUUUUGUUUAACUUUUGCUAAUAAAUUACACCACAUCUGAAAAACAUGAGUGAUAUAUUGAAAAUUGCUGGAGCUGUAGUGCUCCCCAAUUUGGGAGGCAUUGCUGGUGGUUUUGUUACUAAGAAAAAUAUUAAACCAUGGUAUGAAACUUUAAAACAUCCAUCAUUCCGUCCACCAAAUUGGUUGUUUGCUCCAAUGUGGACUGCUUUGUACUCGGGCAUGGGUUAUGCCUCCUAUUUGGUUUGGAAAGAUGGUGGUGGUUUUAGUGGUGAUGCCAAGUUACCCUUAAUAGUUUAUGGUUCGCAGCUGGCUUUGAAUUGGGCCUGGAGUCCUAUUUUCUUUGGACAACACAAUCUCAAAGGGGGAUUAAUCGACAUAAUUGCUUUGACAGCAACUGCUUCGACUUGUGGUGUUCUAUUCUAUAACAUCAACAAAGUUGCCGGUUGUAUAUUUAUACCAUACAUUGCUUGGUUAGGUUUUGCCUCCCUUCUUAACUAUUCAGUCUACAAACUGAACACAAACAAUGAGGACUCGAAAGCUAUUGAAUCAUCUAAACAAUCGUAGAUAAAUUGACUACAUAGGUGUGCGGGGUAUGCCUGCAAAAAGUAAAUAUUGUUGUUGUGUCAUGUUUAAUAAUAUUUGUUUAUUAUUAUACGUUUUUUUUUGCAUUUAAGUGCCUUUUAGAAUAAAUAAAAUGUUGUGGUAAUUUGUA